AUGGGGAACACUCUGUCAAGUACGACGCCCCGGACAUCCACUGCCGGCAUAGAUAGCUAUGUCAGCGAGCUGUCAGAUGUGCGAUAUGAGAAGAGUCUGGGAAGUGGCCAUUUCAUGAAAACGAUCCGCUGCAAGCAUCGGGACGGACUUGUCGUUGUGAAAAUCUUUAUCAAGCCUGAUACGGCCAUAUCCUUGCGUGACUAUGUCCAGACCAUCAAAGGCGAGCGCGAUCUCCUCUUGGAUGUCCCAAAUGCAUUUCCGUACCAACGGAUCAUGGAGACUGAGCGAGCGGCGUAUUUGAUAAGGCAGCAUCUGUACAGUAACCUUUAUGAUCGAAUAAGUACACGGCCAUUUCUUUCCAUGAUAGAAAAGAAGUGGAUCGCUUUCCAACUUCUCGCUGGAUUAGCCGAUGCACAUGCCCGCCAGGUUCGGCAUGGGGACAUCAAGACCGAGAACGUGCUGGUCACGAGUUGGAAUUGGGCGUACUUGGUGGACUUCAGCGGUUUCAAGCCAUCCUACCUCCCGGAGGACAACCCCGGCGACUUCUCGUUCUUCUUCGACACAUCUUCCCGGCGAGUCUGUUAUCUCGCACCGGAGCGGUUCUAUGCGCCUGGAGAGACGCUGUUCAGUGAUAAAGAUGGUCAACUAUUACCUUCCAUGGAUAUCUUUUCGCUAGGAUGCACGAUUGCCGAGCUCUUCUUGGAAGGAACGCCGCUAUUCUCCUUGUCGCAGCUUCUGCGAUAUAGAAGCGGAGAGUACGAUCCAUUACCGGAUUUGGAGAAGGUGGAGGACAUACAUAUCAAGUCCAUGCUACGGCAUAUGAUCCAACUGGAUCCAGACGCACGGCACACCGCCGAAGGCUACCUCGCCGGCUGGCGCGGCACAGCAUUCCCCGAAUUCUUCUACACAUUCCUCCACCCCUACGUAUCCUCCCUAACCGAUCUCGCAACGGGGAUACCCACAACGCGGUCCACGACACCUUCCACCCCAACGAUCCCAAUGCCGCCGUCUGAUGCGAAGAUUGAGAGGAUUUAUCAUGAUUUCGAUAAGAUUUCGGUGGCGUUGGGGUUGCUUGAGGGCAGCCUGUCUUCAUUGCAUGUCCACAUACCGAACUUCCCGUCCGCCUUGGUGGCAGGUCAAGGAAGCGCUGACGCGUCCGAUGGCAGUCUGUUGCUCUCCGCCAUCAUCUGUUCGGCAAUGCGGAACGUCCUGUACCCAACAUCGAAGCUCCACGCAAUUGAUCUCCUCCUGGUCAUCAGCAUGCAUCUCCCGGACGACAUCCGCCUCGAUCGGAUAGUGCCUUACCUGAUGACCUUACUUGAAGAUGAGAACAGUCUGGUGCGCGCUACCGCUUUGAAGGGAUUAAUGCAUUUGCUCAGCAUGAUUGAUAGCGUGACCUCUCCCGACGCCAACAUCUUCCCGGAGUACAUCCUACCAGCGUUGAGAGGCUUCACUUCUGAUCCGGAAGGGUUUGUGAGGGCGACGUAUGCGCAGUGUAUUGCCAGUUUCGCGGAGUUCGCGUUCAAAUUCCUUGAGCUCGCCGAGGUACUGAAAAACGACUUGCAUCGUGAUAUGGAUGCCGAUGGGGACGUUCACCGUAUCAUGUCUUACGACACCUCCCUCCGAGACUUACAAGAGCUCAUCCAAGAAGAAGUCAUCGCGCUCCUCAUCGACCCGGACCCGCUCGUCAAGCGCGCGCUGUUGUCGGAAAUGCCGCGGUUGUGUAUCAUGUUUGGACGGCAGAAGGCGAAUGAUAUUCUGCUGUCGCAUAUGAUUACGUAUUUGAAUGGGACAGAUUGGCAGCUGAGGAGUGCGUUUUUCGAGAGCAUCGUUGGGGUCGGUACAUUCGUCGGCGGCCAAAGCCUCGAAGAAUACAUCCUUCCGCUGAUGGUGCAAGCAUUAACAGACGCGGAAGAGUUUGUCGUCGAAAAGGUGCUCAACUCCCUCACCUCGCUCGCGGAGCUCGGCCUGCUGCAAAAGCCCAAAGCGAAAGAACUCGUCGCGACAGUUCUGCCGCUCGUGUGUCACCCAAAUACCUGGAUAAGAUACGGCGCCAUCGCGUUCAUUGCAUGUGCUGCUCGGCUCUUACCAGAGAUCGAUGUCCGCUGUGCCCUCUACCCGACCAUCAAACCUUUUCUUAAAGUGGACACGCCGUACCUGAAUGAAAUCAAUAUCUUGGAGAGUUUGAAACCCCCUAUCAGCAGGAUCUUAUACGAUCAGACCCUGACAUUUGCGUCCAAGACCGUCACGCCAUGGGAUAGGGACCGGUCCCUGUCUCCCAACGCACUGCGGAUGUACGACGCACACGACAGUUCCGAACAUCACACCCACCCAGGCCGCAUCAGCGGCAGCGGCGGUGGCGGCGAGAGCAACGAACUCGUCCAACGUCUCCGCGAACUAGGCAUGACGGACGAAGACAAAGAGAAGCUAUUUGCGAUGAAGUACUACAUCUCGAAAAUGACGCAGGCGAGGUUGAGGAAACAGUCGUCCGAGAUGCGGGAUCAGUGGGCUUACCCGGCGUCCGCGUCCGAGUCGUCGAAGGGGGAUUCGAUUGCAUUGAAGAAUUUUGGGGCUACGCCGCAUACGCUGUUUUUGUCGCCUUCUGAGAUUCAGAAGUUCCCGCGCAGCCCAUCCGCUACCGUCGUCCCACUCGGCGGACGCAACUUCUCCGGCGGGCUCCCCUUAGGCGGCGGAGGAGCCGGUCUUGCGGAUGUUGGCGGCAGCUUCAAGAAUUCGUCAUUGCUCGUGCCUCGUGUGGACUCCAACUCUGGUGGAGCUGGGGCUGCGGGAGGGAGGGCGCACUCCAGACGCGAUAGUGUUGCGAGCAGCAUUGCUACGUCGUUUACGAACGAGGAGGUUAAUAGUAAUGCGGAUAAGGCGUCCCUGUUAACGUUGAAUGAGCAUGGGAAGAAGAAAGGGGAUGGUGGACGCAAUUCCGAGUAUGGAGUGGAUAUGUACCUCCGACACUUGUUGGAUAAGAAAACGCGGGAGUACUUCCCUCCUACGAUACCAGAACUUGGACCGAAGGUCUCACUCCCGGUCGACUUUGGGACAUCAGCGGCGCAACGCGCCAAGCGUGCGAGACCGCCAACAGCACAAGGAAGCGCAUUCGAUCUCAAAGCAUGGCGUCCAGCUGGAAUCCUUGUUGCCCACUUGGUCGAACACACGGCACCCAUCAAUUGUCUGAAGAUAUCUGCCGACAACGUCUUCUUCGCGACAUGCUCAGACGAUCGGUCAGUCAAGAUCUGGGAUACCCAGCGGCUGGAAAAGAACGUCACCAACCGUUCGCGAUUGACCUAUCUGGGCCAUGAGGGCAGCGUGACAGCGUUAACCUUCAUCGAGAACACGCACUCGUUCGCAUCCGCUGCUGAUGACGGCGGGAUUCACGUUUGUCGCGUCGAAUGCAUCACGGCAGGCACGACACCCCGCUACGCCGGGUUUCAACUCCUCCGCACGAUCCAGCUGGUCAAUGACCACGCGGUGCUCCUGGAUCACUAUGAAACCGAGACGCAAUCGGUGCUGGUGUACGCGACUUACAAAGGGCGGAUAUGUGGGUUCGAUCUACGGACCAUGACCGAGGUAUGGGCAUUCACCAUCCCGCCCCAUCACGGGCAGAUUACGUCGUUCCUCAUCGACAAACAGCGCGUGUACCUCGUUACUGGCACUCAUCGCGGCGUGCUGUCCAUCUGGGACCUCCGGUUUGGCCUGAAAGUAAAGUCGUUUGCGCAUCCGUCUCGAAAGAAGGUGAUCAAGUUGGCCGCGUGGCCUGGCAACCCUGCUGGCACGACUGUCGCGGUAGCCAUGCAGGGCAUGACCAAUGAGAUUGGGCUGUGGGAUGUGGAUGUUGUCACGUGCACGCGGGUGUGGUGCACCAUCCCGGCAAAUGGAGGAGGGGAUGUGGAGCAGAAGAUGCAGGCGACGUAUGGAGCUGGAUUGCAGGCUGCACCACCACCAGAACUAGACGAAUUCCCCGACCUGAAGUCGAGCCUACACGGCGCGAAGAAACCAACCACGGAACCUGACACGGCGUUGAAUAUCAACGCUUUCAUAUGCCCGGCCAACGCAAACUUCAUGCUGACUGGCGGAACGGACCGCAAGCUGCGAUUCCUGUCCACUGAUGAUGUCGAAGCGUCGUAUGUGGUCGUUGGGCUAAGCGAGAACGACAACUCGCCGCGAUACAGCUCACAUCAAUACGGAGACAUGACUUUCAACUUCGAGUACACACCCACCCACGCCUUUACCUCCACCGACACCAGCGCGUCCCCUAGUCGCGGCGGCCGUCAGGACACCAAUCCAACCCACAGCCGAACCUCCUCCAGCGGCGGAGGCCGGCAGGGCAGCAGCAAUUCACCGGCGCGCACGAUAAGUAGCAGCGCACUUCAAUCCGGUGGGAGGAGUACGCCGCCACCGUCCGGUAGCGGCGGGAGCAUAGGAUCGUCGCCGAGACGGCAAGGGAAGGACGCUGCUGGCGGUGUGAAUGUGGUGGAUCACCGCGAUGUGGUUGUGGAUAUGGUCAUGACUGUCGUGCCUUACCCGAUGGUUAUUACCGCCGCAAGGGAUGGAGUUGUUAAAGUUUGGAAGUGA